UCACAGCGAGCUAGCUUGGAGCUUCACGGAAAUAUUCAGGACAUGGCCGUUGGAUGGAGUCAUGAUGAAUGGAGAUCACGCAGAAGACUUGUUCAGUUCUGGCGCAAACAAGAGGGUACAACGAUUCAUGCUAUCUGCAAGCCAAUCCUACCAGAGGAGUACAUCCAAAACAGCGUUGUGGUAAGCUGUAUCUUUUGGGACGUGACAAAUGAAUGCUACAUAACUUCGGUUGAUGUGAUUUACUUGUUGGAAGCUCUUGUGGCCAGCCGAUUCAAUGUUGAGGAGAAGAAUCGUAUCCGCAGAAAUUUGGAAGGUCUCAAACCAAAGACUAUCAGCAAAAUUGCCAAGAGUGGAGAUGAUAAAUUGAACAAAAUCCAUGAAGAAUUCUUCAAAUUGGUCAUGAGUUUCCCCAAUCCUAAACCAAGACAUAUCGAAAAGGAUAUCAAGAUUUUCCCAUGGCGUGUUUUGGCAUCUGCAUUGAAUAAGAUUAUUUCUAAGUACAGUGCUGCUCCU